AUGCCACCCACCCCUAGCCCAAGUGAGACACCCAGUGAGAUACCAACAACUGAUCCCACCCCAAUUCCUUCGGAGACACCAUCGACUGUUCCUACGCCUAGCCCCUCUGAUUGGCCAUCAGAACCACCAACAACACCUCCCUCAGAAUCACCCUCAACAGUGCCCUCUGUUCCGCCUUCAGACCACCCAAGCUAUACACCAACGGGAAUUCCAACGCCAAGACCAUCAGAAAGUCCCUCUGAUGUGCCCUCAGAUGUUCCUUCUCCUGUUCCCUCUUCGCCACCAACACCCAGCCCAAGUGAAACCCCUAGUGAAAUCCCCACUACUGAUCCGACUCCACCUCCAUCUAGGUCACCAUCAGUCCCUCCAUCCACUCCACCUUCUUGGAUACCAACACUUCAUCCAAGCAUUUCACCAUCCAAUGUCCCAUCUGCACCACCUUCCUCUCCACCCUCUGAGCCACCAAGUGAAACCCCCACAAGUGAUCCAACAAUGCCACCAUCUAGUCCCCCCACAUCACAUCCAUCGAUUUCGCCUAGCAGCACGCCUUCUUCUGGCCAUCCUAGCCAGAUGCCAACAACAGAACCAUCAGUUGUACCAACAGAUCGCCCAAGUGCGGGGCCAUCGAAUGAUCCAACGGUUGAGCCAACCACCCCACCUUCAUCAGAUCCAUCGGAAUCGCCUAGUAACACACCCUCUUCUGGCCACCCCAGCCAGAUGCCUACUACAGAGCCAUCUGUUGUACCAACCGGCCAUCCCAGUGCAGAGCCAUCAAAUGACCCCACGGUGGAGCCAACCACCCCACCUUCAUCAGAUCCAUCAGUGCCACCUUCCAUAUCCCCUUCUGACAUUCCAAGUACAAGGCCAACUGGUGUACCAACAAGACCACCAACAAAGGUUCCAAGUGUACCACCUUCAAGAGUACCUUCUGAAAGCCCAAGUGAAGAGCCCACAACUGUCCCUACAAAGCCACCCUCUGAAAGCCCUUCAACCAUUCCAACCAGAGUGCCAACACAGCCUCCCACAACCACUCGACCUUCAGAAUCCCCCAGUGAUGAACCAAGUGUGAUCCCAACAACUCCACCCUCACUGUUCCCUUCUGUCCCACCCAGCGUAGGUCCUACAAGUGUGCCAACGAAGCCUCCCACAAAUAUUCCCAGUGAACCCCCUUCAGACACCCCCCAUCAAUUCCUUCAGGUGCCCAGUGAGACUCCCUCUAGGGACCCAACAAUGAUCCAUCAUUAG